AUGCAACGAGUUCCUCAAAACACUGUAAAAGAGACCUUGGUCAGAGUAGUGAUACCCAAAUAGUCAUCUCAACCUAACAUUUAUCCAGAAUAAAAUAAUUUCUUUCAUAUUCCUCCUAAGUUUCAACAAUCGCGUUUGACCAUCAAACAACCUGUGUCCACUUCCAAAUCGAUUGAAGAGAAACGCUACAAAUAACCCAAAAACAACUUCUCAGAAAACACCAAUAAUCGCACCAAUUGUAGCUCCAAAAGUCGUGUAAUGGGCACCAUGUAAUUUGAAGACGAUUCUCUUCAAUCCUCGCAAAAUGGCUAGAAAUUAAGGAAGAUUGUUGGUGAUAGUCAUUUGUUCUCAACAACUUUACUUUAGCAACUAUCCAAAUAGAAUCUAAAUACCAAUCUCACUAAUGAUUCUUAAAGUCCAGCACAAAGGAAACCUAAAAAUCAGGAACUGCAUAAUCUUAACACUUAAAUUCAAUCGAUCAUCAUCAAGAAAAAAUAUCAUUCAAAAUGGGAAAUCUAUAAAGAAUAAUUAUUCAAAUAAAGCAAUCUAUUACAUGUGUACAAACAUCAAUUCAUCCAAUCUACUCCUAUCAAUGACAUCUCUAUUAGAAUUAUCAAUAAUUUAUUUGAAAUGAUGAACAAUAUAUCAAUUGAGAUAUUGUGCGAAUAAGAAUCUAAGUUCAACGAAAUCAUUGACAAAAUCAAUCGAGAAAAGGAAUUAUGUCUAAACAAUUACAAAGUUAUUGAAAAAGAAAGAGAUCUCUUGAUUGAUUCAAUUAAUCAACUUAAAUCAUCGAAAUAAUAAUAAUCAACUAAUGCCAUCAAUACCAUUAAUGCAAUUAACCCGAUUCAAAUUGAUAGUGAGGAUACUGUCUAAUUGAAAGAGAUACAGAUUAAAUUACAAGAAAUGAGUGAGAAAGAAGCCAAGUUAAUCAAAUUAGUUUUAGCGAUCAAGAGAAGUGGGAUUGACAUUGAAAAAAUAUAUAAUGAAGAAGUGCUUAAUGAUGAAAGUGUCCUAGAAUCAGAGGAUAAGUUGCAAGGAUUUUAACAACAUAAUUUUGAAAGAAAUGACAAUGAUGCUGAUAAUUCUAUUGUAAAUGAUUCUGAUGAAUCUAGUUUUUGCUUUCUUAACAGAUUUGAGAAUGAUUCCAUUUUGGAGAGUGUGAGGAAAUUUCAAUACAAAAAUCUCGAAAUUAAAACCAAUAGUGUUAAAUUCAAAUUAGAUCUAUCAAAUUUGCAAUCAAAAUCUUAAUCUAAUAAUCAAAUAAGACAAUAAAAUAAUAAAUCAUAGACAAUAUAAGUACAUCAAUCAAAGCUUAAGGUACCAGUUAAUUAGGGUUCUGUUGGCUUUCAUUAGGAAUUCAUGUCAAGAAUAAAUGAAUUUUCUGAAAGUUGGAGAAUUUAAGCCUUAAAGGAUGAAAAAAAGAAUAAAUCUUGA